UUACAUUACUAAGACAUGGAUUCCCAUAUUUCUAAAGAAAAGCUGAGAAGUAAGAUUGUAACAGAUCGUUUCGGAAGAAAAACAUUAAAUCUGUCAAAGUGGGAUUUGCUUGAAUUGCCUGAAGCGGUGCAGGAAUUAACUGAGUUGGACAAACUUGACCUGUCACAGAAUAAACUUAAAACAAUACCUGAAAAUGUUGGAAAACUAAAUAAUAUUACGGUCCUUGAUGUAAGCGGAAACCAGCUGUCCAUAUUCCCAGCAAGUUUGACACAGCUGAAGAAACUCAAAGUGCUGUUCAUCUCACAUAACAAACUAACCACCAUCUCUGAUGCUAUUGGUGAGAUGGUGGCACUGGAGGGACUGGAUCUGAGUUACAACCAGUUGACUGUGUUGAGUCCAGCUAUAAAACAGCUGAAGAAACUCAAAUGGCUGCACAUCUCACAUAACAAACUAACCACCAUCUCUGAUGCUAUUGGUGAGAUGGUGGCACUGGAGGGACUGGAUCUGAGUUACAACCAGUUGACUUUGACUGUGUUAAAUCCAGCCAUAAAACAGCUGAAGAAACUCAAAUCGUUGUUUGUAAAUGGGAAUCCUUUUACAGUUGAAGGAAUGAGAAGUGUUGUGGAGCUAGAAGAUAGAGGAAUAAUUGACCGAGUAUAUUCAGAUCUCCAAGGCCCAAUGAGAGAGAGACUUAAAGCACAGCUGGCUUAUGAAAGGGCUUUGCAAGAUGGAUAUGUCAUGGUUUACCGUGGCAGAAUAUUACUCAUUGGUCAGGAUCGAGCAGGUAAAACCAGUUUAAAGAAGAGUCUGCUAGGCCUUCCAUUUGACUCUGAAGAACAGAGCACUGAGGGGAUUGAAGUGGAUCCUUCAAAGUGUGAAAUUGAUGUUGACCAAGCUGCAAGGAACUGGCAGUCCAUUGGUGAGAAUAAACCAGGACUAUUGGAAUGUUCUAAAGAUGUGGCAAAGAUUGUUGCAGAGAAACUUUUUACUCAAGAAGAUCAUCAUGCUAGAAAAAUGUCUAUGCAGCAAGAAAAGCUGAGACAAAAAGACUCAGAUAAAAGUUCAAAAGAAGAUUUUGAAAAAGAUUCAGUUGAGGAUAAAGGAGAUUACCCAUCAGUAGAUGCUAUGCACAACAUUAGCAUUGAACACUCAAUGGACUGCAUUUUAGAUGAGCCCGAGGUAAUUAUUGAUGUUGCUCAACCCCCUGAUACUGAGAAGCAUGUUCAUCAGUGGUUGGAGUAUCUCAAAGGCAAAGACAUCAAAAGUGGUUUAUUCCUAGAAGAAUCCUAUUACACAAUGGAUUUAUGGGACUUUGCAGGGCAGCACCUGUACUAUGCCAGCCAUCCUAUCUUCUUAUCACAGCGAGCACUGUACAUAUUGGUGCACAAUCUCAGCAAGCCUUUGGAUGCUGCAGCUGAGCCCUGCAUGAGACAAGGGAGUAAUGAUGUGAAAUUGGAAAACCCUAACAAUGAAACAAACAUGGAGAAUUUGCUGUCAUGGCUGGCUACAGUACACAGUGUUGCCCUGGCAACUGAUGACCCAGAUGAUGAUGCACAACAUAAGCUGCCCUACCUCCGCCCCCCAGUGUUUAUUGUUGGAACACAUGCUGACAAACCAGUUGAAGACAUAGCAGUAAUAAAGAAACAAAUACAGGAGAGAAUUUCUGGUAUGGAAUAUGAGAAGCAUGUGGUCAGACCCUUAUUCUGCAUUGACAACACUCAGAGACCAAACUUGAUCAAGAAAUUUAUCCAGAAGUUUCGAAAGCUGAGAGUAAAACAUAAAACAGAGGAAGAAGGAAAAGCAGAUGGAAUAAAAGAAUUGCAGAACAAAAUCCUGGAGGUGUUGAGGCAGGAGCCUUAUAUGGGGGAGAGGAUACCUGUCAGAUGGUUUUUGUUUGAAAAGGUGAUUGAAGCUUUGGUGGCUAAACAGAUUUAUCACAGAAAUCUGCAACAACUUGAGCACUAUGCAAAGAAAGAUUGUUUCAUGAAAGAUGCAAAAGAGUUUGAGUCCAUGAUCAGUUUUUACCAUGGCCUGGGGAUGAUAAUCAAGCACCGCAGUACAGUUGUACUGAAGGCUCAGUGGUUGAUUGAUCUGUUCAAACAGCUGAUAACCAUUCCACCUUUCAAUAAACAGAAUGCUCGAUAUGCUAAUUACUGGCGGGAACUUGAAGGAAGUGGCAUCCUUAGCAUGGAACAUGUUGAUUACGUGUUCUCCAGCUUUAUUGGACCAGGAAUCAUUAGAGAAGACAUCCUGGACAUGAUGGAGCAAUUUGGUUUGAUCGCUAAGUUCUCAGUUUCCCCAAAUGAGGAGAAGUACUUUGUACCAGCUCAGUUGAAGUCAUCACCUGUAGAACUCUGUAAGAUGGAACCAUCAUCAACUGAUCCAUGUCCAUUGUAUCUCCUCUUUGUCCAUGGCUUUGUCCCUCAUGGUCUCUUCUUGCAGCUUGUCUCGCGAUCCAUUCAUUGGUGUUCAAAGACAUGGGCCACACAUCAACCCACCCUGUACCAAAAUGGAGCAUGGUUCAUCAUUGGAAAAGAUAUUCAUGAUUUUGUCCUCAUAUGCAAAACAGGAUUUGUGAAGGUAAUCUUGAGACAAAAAGCACAAAGUCAUCAGGUUGUAGGACAAAACUCUGUCAAAUUAGCAACUCUUGUUCGUGAAUUUCUUGAAGACACCCUAAAGAAUUUGUCACAAGAAAUGCCAUACCUGAGGGGACUGCAGUAUAGGCUGUGUGUUGCAUGUCCUAACUGUCAUCAAGGGACAGAAGAAAUGCGUCGUGCAUGCUCAGACCACAUGAAAACCACUUGCACACACAAGGACUGCCUCCACCUCAUUGAUGCAAAUGAAGGUCAGCCGGACAUCUGUAAGCGAAAACCUUGGGAUAUGAUAGAACCAGUUUGUGGAUUGAAGAAAUGGUUCUUGAAAAGAAGAAGCCAGGGUUUGUCCUCUUCAAAUGUAGCUGCUAGAUCACAUGAUGAAGCAAGUGAAAUCAAUCCAAUGAAGUCUGCCACAGCAUUGAAGGUGACUCUCCUGGGCAGUGAGUGGAGUUCGUCAAUGGGGGGCUUGUCCACCAUCAACAGACAGCUUGCCAUUCUGUUGGCCAAACACUCUGAAGUGGACGUUACUCUCCUUGUCCCACAGUUUGCCUGUUCUGAAGAAGAGAAGAGAAUGGCAUCUAGUCACAAUGUUACCAUCUUGGAAGCUGAGAAACUUGAAGGCUUCGGUGAUCCUCUUGAAUGGUUGAGUUUCCCACCAAGAGACCUUGACAUUGACUUUGUGCUGGGUCAUGGUGCAAAGCUUGGUAAGCAAGCCCAAGUUAUCAGAAAGUCUCACAGUUGCAAGUGGAUUCAGGUGGUGCACACUGCACCCGAAGAACUAGGAAUGCACAAAAACUAUCCCAUGGCCAUUUCCAAAGGUGAAGAUAAGAGUUCAACUGAAGUGGAGUUGUGUAAGUUGGCAGAUGCUGUGGUAGCAGUUGGACCAAAGUUGACGAAGGCUUACUCUUCUUACCUGCGCUCAUGUGAGAAGCACCAAGAUAUAAUUCAACUGACGCCAAGCACGUUCAGUGAGUUUUCCGACGUAAAACAAGCUGCAGUUGACAUGGACAACUUUAAGGUUCUAACGUUUGGCCGUGGUGACCCAGAGGACUUCAGCUUGAAGGGCUACGAUAUCUCUGCUAGAGCAAUAGUUGAACUGAAAGACAGGUCUUACCAUCUGAUUUUCGUGGGUGCACCUGACGGUAAACAGGAUGAGGUUGCAAAGAAUUUACUCAAGAGUGGAAUUGAUAAAAACCAGCUGACCGUGAGGAAGUUCGUGCAAAGCAAAGAGAGAUUGAAAGAAUUAUUUUGUGAAGUUGAUCUCUGCAUCAUGCCCUCCAGAACAGAGGGGUUUGGUCUGACAGCAUUAGAAGCGUUGUCUGCUGGUCUUCCCAUUCUUGUCAGUGGAAACUCAGGAUUUGGUGAAGCACUGUGCACUGUACCAUCAGGCAAAUCAUUCGUGGUGGAGUCUGAGGACCCUGAGGAGUGGGCAAAGGCAAUUGCUGGUGUCCGACAGAAGGAAAGAUCAGAUCGACUUCAAGAUAUUCAACAACUGAGGAGUUCAUAUGAAGAGAAGUUUAGCUGGGAGAAGCAGUGUGACAGUCUUGUGGAGAAGAUGUGGGACAUAGUUCAUGCUUCUAAAAGACGAGACACAAGUUUCAGAGCUCGGCAGGUCGAAGUUGUUGACACGUCAACCGAACAACUAACAGUUGAUUCAUUACUGACUCCAAGUUCUCUCAAACGAAUCAUCCAGGAACUUCACCAGAUGCAACUGGAUGCAAGCAAAGUCAAGAGCAGAACAGAUCUAUCUUUGGGGCUGAGGAAUAUUGCAUCAGAUAGGGGCUUCAGAAUAUCUGACAACGAAGGAUUAGGAAAUUGCAUGUUCUAUGCCUUGUCUGAACAACUGGAAAUUGUUAAGGGAAUCAAAAUCCCACAUUGCGAAUUAAGACAAAUCUUGGUUCAGUACCUCAGGGAUAACCCAAAACUUCCAGAUGGAACAGAUCUGUUUCACUUUGUCCAUGGACAUCAAACAUGGAAUGGAUACCUGGCACACAUGGAACAAGAUGGCACUUGGGGUGAUCAUGUGAUCCUGUGUGCUGCAGCAAACUACUUUAAAACAUUCAUUCAUGUGGUCAGCAGUCUAUCUCAUAGCAAUGAUGUAAUCAUAACGCCAUAUUGUCCAGUUGACAAAAGCAAACCUCUUGUGCUGGGACAUAUUCAUGAGGUGCACUAUGUCAGCCUUCAACCUGUGCAAGGUUAAAGUGGCAGGCCCCUACAGUCACUUUGAUUGGCCCUUGUGAAGAGUGUGGCCUAGCAGAGUGACUUUAUAAGCAUACAGACUAUUGAUGCAAAUUGGACAACUAGAGCCUUCUUCAUCCUGAUUUAUCCAAUGUAAACUUCAAAAAUUUAGAUUUGAUUUUAGAGGUUCUAUAAUAUUAGUUUUCAAAUGUAUCAUAUGAAAAGAAAAACAAUCCAAAUGACAAGGGAUGUAAAGAAACGACAUCACACUGUUAAAAGUUAUUGUAACUAUACAAAAGUGUCUACAGGAAACAAAACACUAUCACCAAUAUGAAAUUUUAUUUAGGGGAUUUGAAACAUGAACUCAGUUACUCUUAAUUUUAAUGGACCAACAAAAAUAUUUAUUGCUACAUACCAUGUGUAUGUACAACUUUGAAUCUACCUCUCACCCUUUUAACUGCCACAGAUGGAUGUUUUAAUUUUGGAAGCAGCUUAUUCCAUUUUCAGCCCAUUCAUGCCAUUUAGGAAAUGGAUCAGUGCUAAUUGAUGAUCUUACAUUAAAUUGUAUGUUAAGGAAAAAUCGUAAGACUCUCUAUUUAUUGUAAUUGUU